CGGAUAUGACGGGAUCUUGAGGUUCUACACUUGCUUACUGCAACCGUACAGUAACAAUGUACAUCUACGGGAAGCAUCUCGUCAUUCACUUCGCAGUGACCUUCAAGUUAUAUAUAUUCGAAACAUAAUAGACCAUCACGGGUGUGCUAAGUGGGGGUGAAUCCGUCACUGAGUGAGUGGUAGUGCGCUUACAUUGGAGUAAAAUCAGUACUUCUCAGAUGUUGAUCUCCUAACUAUAAGUCAACCAUGCCCCGGACCUAGUAGCUCAGAGCCAUAACCAGACCAAGACCAGCAUUAGUCCACCCAUGGCAGCGAGAGUUUUACUGCGUACGGAGUAUAGUGUCAUCGAAUCAGCAACCCCAUUCCUCAAAUAUGAAUCCUCAAGCACAGCAUGCAACUGGAACACCCGCGAUGCACCCGACUACUCCCAGAACUUGACUGGUCAAACAGCCCUCUCCCUCUCCCCUCUUACCCCGACACCAUCCUCCCCAUCCCAUCAACCACCUGGUAAAACACCUUUAUCUCUCUCUCUCUCUCUCUAUCUCAACUUAGCCCCUCCCCUACCCCUCCCUCAUCUCUAUUGCUCUAUCAACAACCCAAUUCUCACCCGUCACACCAAUUAUGUAAAAAUCUUCAUACCCACGUAUACUCACUCACAAAGAGAAGAAAGGUUCCAGACGGCCCACCCACCCGCUCCAGACCUCUCUCUCUCUCAUUCCAAGCGUCCAAGCCAAGAAUCUCGAUCCCAUCACCAACCUUCUAACACAUUCCCCAGAGUAGACUAGUUAGUACUGAAGAUCGGGUAUACGUACAUUCCCAUCCACCCACAACCCACAACCCGACUCAACCUUACUUAUUACCCUGCCUGCCUGCCUGCU